UCACAAAUAAUGGGGAAACACAACACAAAGUUGUGCAAUUUCUCGUUAGUUCCUAUUUCGUGACUAAAAACUACGGAGUAUAAAAGUAAAAUUCUUGCAAUAUUUUGGCUCAGUGUGAAUUUAACUCUAGAUCUAGGUAAAUCCAUUUAAAAAAUCAAUUUCUAAUAAUUACAGUGCUCAAAAUAAUAUAAUACCAAUCAAUAUUUAAUAAUUUCUGAAGAGGAUCAUUUUCUAUACCCGGCGCAUUCGCCAAUAUAUUGAACGACAUCUAUCGGCAGACAACUAAAUAAUAAUUUCCAGUAGAUAUGGAAACAGAAGAAGAAUGUACAAAAACUGAAGCAGAACAAAAGCUCAUAGAGCUGAGUGCUCAAAACAGCGACGACAUAGAUGAAUUCACCAAAUACUUCCAUCUAGCUACCAGGCCCCAUGAAGACUACAGCUACCACAAGUGGCUGGACGAUCCCAGAUUUGGACCACACGUCAAAUUCCUCAUUUACAAGUCAUUCUUUAAUAUGUCUGGAUAUAUCAGUGCAGAAAAAUUACUGGACGGACCUCAAACAGACCAAGAUUUCCAUGAUUAUUUGUGCAACAACAUUAACGAAAAAAACUUCGACUUGUACAGGAGAUUCAUAAGUGAAUUCUUGGAACUGAACGGCAGGUUUAUGUGUUUCCAUUUCACUCAAAAAACCUGUGACAAGCUAAUAGACAUCCUGGAGUAUCCAGAAAAGUACGGGAAGUACCAGGUAUGCUGUGCAACGGAUAUUGUCAGAUACAGCUAUUACAGAUUUGAUUGUAUUUAUAAUGAUCCAGAAUAUUAUAAGAAGUUGGCUGUUAAAUGGAAGAAUAUAGUGUUGGAGACAGAAGAUGAGGAGAUUUGUGCUGAAGGAUUAUAUUACGUUUUGGGUAAAGGUGGUCUGGAACAAGAAGAAUACCACAAAGUUGUCGAGCGACUUCUGGAUAAGCAUCCAGACGACAGGGUGACCCAAGAAAUAUACCGUCGACACUAUAUGAACCCGAAUUUUGCAUACCCGAGAUUGAUAGCUCUGGAAAACACCGGUUCAAAAAACUGUGAAAUAUUGUUGGAAAAUUUCUGCAACGCUGUAGUUUCUUCUGAAUUUUUGACCAGUAUAGACUGCGAUGUGAAUCACCAAUUGAUACAGUUUGCUUUUUCGAGACAAGAUACUUUCCGAUACUGUUUGGAGUAUAUGAUUGACAAAUGGUAUAAUGGUAGUUAUUCGCGUGCAGUUGACAUAUUAGUUGAAAUGUGUCUAAAUCCUAUAAGUGAUAACGAAGCAAAAUUAAAGGCUUACAAUAUUUUCCAAAAGAUAACGUCGAGUACAUUUAGGAAUUUGAAAAACAAAAAUCAGUUUGAGUCUACGAUGAGUCUUUUAAAAGUCUACAUCGACAAAUGGAAGGAAAAAUAUUUUGCAAAUUUAGAGAAUGAACUGGUUCGAAUGAGAUGCGUCCAGGCUUUAGCAAUUUUGAGUUUUCCAACAAAAGAUGUUGACCAAGCUAGAGAAUAUAUUAAGGAAUGUACAGUUUCCCUAUUGAUCAAUGAAGCAAAGUCUGGAUACAAGAGUAACAGCAUCAAACAGAUAUUGCUGAGUACAUUGAUGUUUUUGCUGAAAUCACCCAGAGAUUUUAGAGAAGUGAAACAAAUCAUGGAACAAACAAAGGAUAUUCCAGAACUUACAGAAGUUUCCUUAUUUCUUUUUUAUCAGUUGAUAAGCUCAUCAAAAUGGACUCAAGAAGAUAUUGAAACCUUAACCUCUUAUUUGGUACCUCUUGGUGAGGAUUCCAAUAAUAAAAUUAGAAUUUUAGAACAGAUGAUAACGGAAAAAGUGUCAGAUUUUUGUAAAAGAAAACAUUUCAAAAACACACCAAUGGUACCAGUAUGUGAUAGUACACUAAACAAGGAAGAUCUGGGUACUGAUCUGGUAUUUUUAAAAAACUACGAUUUCUCAAAACAUCACUCUGUAGAAUCCGUUCUGUAUUUGAUACCUAAACUAAAUCAAGUUAACAAAGAUGAAUUAAUAGACACUUCUGAUGGCACAGUCUAUUGGGUAUCAGCUGGUCCUUCUAGAAAGCCUACAGGUCCCGUAGAUUCAUUCAAAAAUGCAGUAGAAGAUUUUAUAACAAAAAUAAACACCGUAAAAUAAAAUUAACUGUAAUAUUUUCUGAUUUUCUUUGAAUUUCAAUUGAAUCAAUAAUUUGUUAAUGACUGAAUAAAAUAAAAAUUUCUAUAACAUUUUUAA